UUAUAUAUUUUUCACACGCAGUUAGUGAAUUUAGGAAAAAUGACUGUAAAAUUGUUUUUUCUCCUUGGAGUUCUUCUUUUGGGAACAACAAGAAUUUUUGCUUGGAAAAUUAAUCUAAAUACAAGUACAAUCAAAGUACAUAUGGAUAGUACAGUACCUGUUGAAUUUAUCACUGAUUUACCUGCAACUAGUACUUCAAAAGUAGAAAUAACGGCUAAAAGUUCUGAUGAAAAUAUUGCAACUAUUAAACUUCCAACUUUUCAUUAUGAUAAAAUAAUAAAUGGAGAAUGGAAAGAUUUUAUUAACGUCACAGGUGUAUUUUUAGGAAAAGCGAAAAUAUCUAUUACCAUUCAACACAAUGAGGAAAUUGUCAGUUCAAAUAAAUCCAAUGUUAUUGUUACACGAAGAGAGAGAAUAAUCGAUACUAUUUUCACUGCAAGUGUCGCUAUACUUGUUUCAAUUUUAUAUAUUAAUUUUGGAUGUGCCAUGGAUUGGGAUCUGUGUAAAAAAACUUUAAGAAGACCAAUUGGACCGGGAAUUGGUUUUAUUUGUCAAUUUCUUUUUAUGCCAUUGAUUAGCUAUGUUAUUGGUUAUAUUCUUUUUCCUGACUAUCCUGAAAUGCAAUUAGGAAUAUUUUUUACUGGUAUUAGUCCAAGUGGUGGAGCUUCGAAUAUUUGGACAUUAAUGCUUGGCGGAAAUUUAAAUCUCUCAAUAACAAUGACUACUUUAUGUACUUUAGGAGCUUUUGCAUUUAUUCCAUUUUGGUUGUUUACAUUGGGUAAACAUAUUUUUGAUAGAGGUACAUUAAAAGUUCCAUAUUCAAAUAUUGCAACUUAUGCAAUUGCUCUUGUUGUACCACUGGGAAUUGGAUUUCUUUUGCAAAGAAAAAUGCCGAGAUUUAGUAAAAUGAUGGUUCGAAUUAUGAAACCAUUUUCUGUUAUUUUAAUCAUAUUUAUCAUUAUUUUUGCAAUCGUCACGAAUCUUUAUCUGUUCAAAUUGUUCUCGUGGAAGAUAAUUCUUUCUGGCUUGGGACUUCCAUGGCUUGGAUAUAUUCUUGGUCUUUCUAUGGCAUUAUUAUUUAGGCAGCCAGGUCCGGAUGUUCGUGCCAUUUCAAUUGAAACAGGAAUUCAAAACACUGGAAUUUCCAUAUUUCUGUUAAGGUUUGGCCUUGAGCAACCAGAAGCAGAUCUUACAACAGUCGCUCCUGUCUCCUGUGCAAUAAUGACACCUAUUCCUUUAAUUAUAUUGUAUAUAAUUAAAUUAAUUUUGGAUCGCAGAAAAGAAAAAUUGGCAGCAUCCAUGGAGAAGCUGCAAAAUUCUGCUCCUGCCAUCACAACACUUUCAUAAGUACAUAUGCUCAAAGUUUUUAUUAAAAAAAGUAAGCUAUUUAUUAUCUAAUUGGUUAUUAAGGUAUAAUUAUUUAUAUUCUAAAAAGAAAUUUCCAAAAAGUAAACUUCCAAAAUACUACAUUAUUCUCCAAAAAAAAAAAUGUAGUAUUUAAAAAAUAUUAUGCUGUUAACGAUUUAUUAUUUAAUAUUAUGUAAAUGGUUUUUGUUUUAUUUUUUAUAUUUUUAAAGGUAAAAAAAUGUGUAGUAUUUAAAUUUUCAAAUAGAAUAUUUAUUAAAUUUUAAAGUUAAAAAUAGGUAUUACUUUUAAAAAUCUUGUUAACGUUUAAAAAUUGUGUAGGUAUCAGAUGUUAAAUAAUUAAUUGGUAAAAAAAGUGAUGGGUCCAUAUUGGAAAAUUAUCAUUUUGUUAAUAAUAAUUGUUAGAUAAUCUGUUGUUAUAUGUGAUAUCAAUAAGAUGAAUAGAAUUAUAAAUAUUUGUAAUAUACUUAAUAUAGAAAAAUGGUCACAAAAUGUUAUAUACGAGAUUAACUGUUUUAUUUUUUUCAUUUAACAUGUUUUUUAUAGUUUAAGUAUGAAUUAUUUAAACUUCUAUUGCAUUUUUAAAGUGUGAAAUUUUUUUUUGUAUAAAAUGUUGUACAAAUUGAA